UAUUCCUCGGCGUGUUCAGCUGCCAUCAACACAACACUGAGCCACGCUGCGGGCGCCUCCGUCAGUCUGCUGACAGAGCAGCUGAGAAGUAAAUGUCGAUGGUGAGGAGCGAGCACAGAGCUUCUCCUGCUGGACUGCUUCGUGCCGAGCUGGUGACAGGAAUGCAUCGACUGUCUUCAGAAACCGCCUUUGAAUCGUCUGGGUCCGUGGCUGCGGGGCAGUGAGCAGCUACCAUGACGUACCCCAACACCAGCAUACUGGCGUCAAACUUCAGUGGAGCCUCAGACAGCUAUGACUCGGGGGGAAACAUCUAUCGGCCCUUCUCUGUCUUCAGUGUGCUCACUCUCACGUUGUUGGCGAUGCUGGUGGCGGCCACCUUUGUCUGGAACUUGCUGGUCCUGGUGACCAUUCUGAGGGUGAGGACAUUCCACCGCGUCCCUCACAACCUGGUGGCUUCGAUGGCCAUCUCUGACGUGAUGGUGGCCGCCCUGGUCAUGCCUCUGAGCCUCGUCCAUGAGCUGAACGGUCGGCUGUGGAAACUGGGCCGCGUACUGUGUCAGGUGUGGAUCUCCUUCGACGUGCUCUGCUGCACGGCCAGCAUCUGGAACGUGACGGCCAUCGCGCUGGACCGCUACUGGUCCAUCACCAGGCACCUGGAGUACACGCUCAAGACGCGCAAAAAGAUCUCCAAUGUGAUGAUUGCGCUCACGUGGCUGCUGUCCUCCAUCAUCUCCCUGUCGCCUCUCUUCGGCUGGGGGGAGACGUACUCAGAGGGGAUGAAGUGCCAGGUGAGCCAGGAGCCGUCCUACACGAUCUUCUCCACGUUCGGAGCCUUUUACCUGCCUCUCUGCGUGGUGCUGUUUGUGUACUGGAAAAUCUACAAGGCUGCAAAGUUUCGCAUCGGUUCCCGGAAGAACAACACAAUUACACCCAUGGCUGAGGUAAAGGAGGAAACCCAACAGCCCCAGAUGGUGUUUACCGUGCGCCACGCCACGGUGACCUUCCAGACAGACGGGGACACGUGGCGCGAGCAGAAGGAGAAAAAGGCAGCACUGAUGGUAGGCAUUUUGAUCGGUGUCUUUGUACUGUGCUGGAUCCCCUUCUUCAUCACUGAGCUCAUUGUGCCGCUGUGCUCCUGCGACAUCCCGCCCAUCUGGAAGAGCAUCUUCCUGUGGCUGGGCUACUCCAACUCCUUCUUCAACCCACUCAUAUACACCGCCUUUAAUAAGAACUACAACAAUGCUCUGAGGAACCUCUUCUCCCGGCAGCGCUGAGCCACUCAGCGCACACAGCUGACGCACUAUACACACCAGCAUGCACUCCACAGUGUUACUCCUCCUCCACACAGACAAGGACCGUCUCUUCACAUCACUCCAUCAUCCCCCAGAUGGAUGACAUACCCACGAAGUGUGUCUGAAGAAAAACUGUCUGUAAAAUGUGCUAUUUCUAUGUAUGAUGUGUUUUUGUUUAUUGCCACACUGAGACAACUGCACAGCUGGACUGAGACAAAUGUUUGAAGUAUGAUAUCUGCAAGGAGACGAGUAAAUCGGUUGUGUUGUGGCAAAGAGCAGAGAUGACUGCGCCGUAGACGCUUUGGUCUUCAAAUCUCCAUCAUUUCAGGCUUAUUAGGGAGAAAAGCAUGUCAUUUCCCUUGUAAAAGAGUUUUAUCAUCAUGUGAAGCUGCCGGGAACCGUUCCAAGGCUAAAAGAGCCGGAUGAAAAAUUAAAGAAAAUAUAUCUUGUGUGAAGGGACAAAAUGAACCUCAUAAACAAACAGACCAAGUGUAAACUGCAGAUUCUCUGCACAAACUGCCACUUUCUUGUGAAAGUGUCACAACAGAGAGUCGACGUGUGAAGCUUUGCGGUAUUUUAUUGUGUAAUAUACAGUAAUGUGAGCAUGAGAAAUGGAUCCUCAGCAAAUCGUUGUGCUAUAUGUAUGUGAUUUGUUUUAUAGUGAGACAUAAGACUUGACAUCGAUUCAGCGAAAAACCCUCCAAAUUUCCAUGAUCACUUUGAUUCCAAUGUCCAUUUUGUUCAAUAUGAAGGUUAAUUCAGUCAGCGUUCUUCUAUCUAACAAAAGAACUAGGUCUAGCAGUGGCUUUUUUGACGUCCUUGUCCCUCGUUCUGCUUUUAAAGGAGAAGCAAAAGGAUUAUCACAAGACACUGACGACUACAAACGUAUAUGAUGAUGACUGAAAAUAUAAAACUUAGAUGUAUAAAUCAAAUUCUUAAGAAUCUGCAGAUUUGCUUUUGUUCGUUUUUCAGUUAAGUUCAUUUUUAUAGAGCGCAACAUCACACUGUGUGUUAUCUCAAGGCACUGUAGUGUACAGUGUACACUACAGUAAACCUUCAAAUAUUAUAGAGAGAAGAGAAACCCAACAGUAGGCGUCAGUGAAGAGACAAAAACUCAAUUUUCAGAGGAAGAAAUCUCCAGACUCGGUUAUUGCUGAGUAGAAUCAGGUUAUAUUGACUUGCUGGUCUAAUUUCCAAAUUGUUCCAAUCAACACAAACAGGAAUUGUAAAGCUCCUCUAUAAGCUAUAAGCUAAAUGCUAUCAGUGAUUAGUGAGAAAACCUACAGUAAAAGUCAUCGUAAUGUCAUUUUCAGCCACUGAAGCUCAUGAGCUCAACACGCUCACAGAGACGACAUGCUGAUGUUUUGCACCAAAGUACGAUAGAUCAAUCCACGUGAGACCACUGGUUUAAAAAAUCUGAAAAACUAUCAAUUAUUAAAGGUAUUUUAAUCCAGAUCAAGUGGCAACCGGUCACAAUGUCACCCGUAAGAAUCCCAUUUUGAAGACUUGAAGAAUUGCAAUUUAUUGGGAGUUUGGAAGCAGACGUUUCUCCCCUAGUGGACAAUACCAGCUGUCAUCUGCUUUCCCAUCCAUUUUCCUCUCAAUGGGACCAAAAUUCACAAAGUUAACAGCAUGUUCUAUUCAAGAAGACCCUAAACGAGCUGUCAAGACCAUAAACAUAUGGAAGUAUUUACUGGCGUUUUAAAUCAAGUGAGAAUUAGAGUCAUUUCCUCACAGAAUUCCAUUCAAAUGGACUUCUUUCUGCAAGCAGCAGAGUCGCCCACCAUGUCCAUUUUUACACAAGUACUUUGGCCUGAACCAAAGCUGAGAACUGAGUAAAUCCCCUGUGUAAAAAAAGAAGAAGAAAAAAGCUUUUGAGAUGCUUAGUUUUCAGAGUAGAGCAGCAGCACUGAGCGUAGUCAGUAAAAUAUCAUCAAAUUGAUACGUUUCUGCAAGAAAUGAGACUCUAAAUUGUUAAGACAGCAGCAAUGUUCUUUCCAACUCGGGCUUAAUUAAUAAUUAACCAUGUACGUUCUCUCCUCCUCCUCCUCCUCCGGGCCUUCGCCUGUUUCCAAUUUAGUUUAUAUUUUUUACUGUUGUAAAAUAAUGUUUAUUCGUUAUCACGUUGCCAUGGGCAAUUGGAGAAACUUCAUUAAUCAUCAACAAAAAAGAAGACAUGUAAAAAUGGCUGAACAGAGUAAUAUAUCACAAUAAAGGGACAUAAGUGAAAACUGCUUAAUGGUUGUCACGUUCUGUGGUAAAUAAUGAAAUGCAUGGAAUGUACUGGAGACGGAAAGAGCUCUGAUUUUCAGAUAUUGUAAAAUGAAUUUUAUCCGUGUGUUUAUUAUAUGUCACUUUACAGGAUCCCGUCAUUUAAACGGUGACCUUUUUAGGUUUUGUUCUAUGUGACGACCCAUCUCAGGAAAUGCAAGCGUGUUGCAGAAAACGUGUUGUUUAUCCCUCACUAAUUUACUAGAGGCACCUUUUUUGUGUGUGUGUGUGAAUUCAUACAUGUGAUCCUGACUAGUAAUGGAAUUUUGAAUUUAUGUCCAUCACGUUGUUGCCGUGUCAGUGUUUUUUUUUAUUUAUUUAUUUCUGUAUGUUUUAACGUGUGCAUGCUUUUUCUGCGUGACAACAAAUGAGCAUUGAUCUGUGACGCGCGGCGUUCAUCUCGACACUUUAGAUAAAAGUAACGUCUAUUCAAGUGGAGCCGCAAAGCAAACUGCUACAGACACACAGAGACGAGCCGGAAUAGACUGAAAGAGGGAGCUUUCUGGUUUUAAUGCAUAUUCAUUUAAUGAUGAUCAUUUCCCUGCAACCGGAGGUCAUUUUUAAACAGCCUCUGGAACGCUCGCUCUGUUUGUCUACAGUGCCACGGACAGCGCGUGCCGCACAGAGCCAGGAGUGGCCUGGCCGCUGUUCAAAGGAUCUCAUCAAUCUUUGUUUUCAGGGAAGACAGCGCGCAGGAAAAUGUGUCUGGCUGAACUGACACUGGAUUAGAACCAGCUGCCUUUGGCAAGAAAAACAUUUAGCUGCUGGCUACAGAAAUAGAUGCAACAAGCCACCUCAUGACAUGUGCACAGUGAUAGAAACGCAGCGUGUCACCACACAAAGCGGAAGAAAUUUGUGGCCAAAUAUUGUGAGGAUUUUUGUUUUAUUAAAUGUUUUAACAACAA